AUGCUGUUUAACACUGUCCAGUUGUGGGACACUGCGGGUCAGGAGCGCUUCCGGAAGAGCAUGGUGCAGCACUACUACCGGAACGUUCACGCUGUCGUCUUUGUGUAUGACGUGACAAGCGCCGCCAGCUUCAGGAGCCUCCCGGCAUGGAUCGAGGAGUGUCGGCAGCACGCGCUGGGCCAGGAGGUGCCCCGCAUCCUGGUGGGCAACAAGUGUGACCUGCGGCACCUGGCCCAAGUGAGCACAGAGUUGGCGCAGCAGUUCGCAGAUGCCCACUCCAUGCCUCUGUUUGAGACGUCGGCCAAGAACCCGCAGGGAGGCGAGGAGGGUGGCCGCAACAGCAGCGACCACGUGGAGGCCAUCUUUAUGACGGUGGCACACAAGCUGAAGUCCCAGAAGCCCCUGGUGCUCAGUCAGCCGGCCGGGGGCCACACCGUUACACUGAGUCGGAACGAGGAGGAUGAGCAGCGGGGGAACUGGGGCUGCAGUUGCUGGAGGAGUUAA